AAAGCCGGUGGUGUAAUUCAGUCUGAGUCUGAAGGCCUGAGAACGGGGAGCUCAUGGUAGCAGUCCCAGUCCAAGGGCAGAAGACUGAUGUCUCAGCUCAAACAGGAAGGUCCAAAUUGGACAGGCUUCAAACACUGUGUUUGCCUCCAUCUCAGCUGGCUCCUCUCAUGAUCACAAGAUUGAUGUUUUGGUUCCAAGAGUCACAUGAAAAAAGAAAAUCCAGCGGAAGAAGAAGAGGGACUGUUCUUUUUUUCCCAGAGAUGCUCACCAAUCCCCUAGGUGGCUCAGGAUGGAGUUGCAGCCUUACUGGUGGUGUCAGAUGGUGGUGUCAGAUUACAGAGUUCAGAACUGGAAGAGCAGCUGGGAAGCAGGAAAAUAGAAAGUAUUUCAAGCGUAGUGAACUUGCAAAAAAAGAAGAGGAAGCAUAUUACGAAAGAUGUGGCUACAAGCCUAUAAAUGAGAAGCCAUCUGGAGAGAUACAGCCAAAAGAAGAGGACCAGAAACCAUUAACUUCAUCGAAUCCAGUAUUAGAACUUGAACUCGCAGAGGAAAAAUUACCCAUGACCCUUUCUAGGCAAGAGGUUAUCAGAAGAUUGAGAGAAAGAGGGGAACCAAUCAGACUAUUUGGAGAAACCGAUUAUGAUGCUUUUCAACGUUUAAGAAAAAUAGAGAUCCUCACACCAGAAGUUAACAAGGGAUUGAGGAAUGAUCUGAAAGCAGCUUUGGAUAAGAUCGAUCAGCAAUACCUCAAUGAACUUGUGGGUGGUCAAGAACCUGGAGAGGAGGACACACAGAAUGAUUUGAAAGUUCAUGAAGAAAACACCACAAUUGAAGAGUUAGAGGCAUUGGGAGAAUCAUUAGGAAAAGGUGAUGAUCAUAAAGACAUGGACAUCAUUACCAAAUUCCUGAAGUUCCUUCUUGGCGUUUGGGCUAAAGAACUGAAUGCCAGAGAAGAUUACGUGAAGCGCAGUGUGCAGGGUAAACUGAACAGUGCCACUCAGAAACAGACCGAGUCCUAUCUCAGACCCCUUUUCAGGAAGCUGCGGAAGAGGAACCUUCCUGCUGAUAUUAAAGAAUCCAUAACAGAUAUUAUUAAGUUCAUGUUGCAGAGAGAAUAUGUGAAGGCUAAUGAUGCUUAUCUUCAGAUGGCCAUUGGAAAUGCCCCUUGGCCCAUUGGUGUGACUAUGGUUGGUAUCCAUGCCAGAACUGGUAGGGAAAAGAUUUUCUCCAAGCAUGUUGCACAUGUUUUGAAUGAUGAAACACAGCGGAAAUAUAUUCAGGGAUUGAAGAGGUUAAUGACCAUUUGCCAGAAGCACUUUCCUACAGAUCCAUCGAAGUGCGUGGAGUACAAUGCACUAUGAGACCUGCGUAGUGUGUGUAAAUAACAAUAAGAAACUCACGGGAGCGUGAUAUGGACUUUGGAUUUGCAAACAGGAAUGAGAGAAGAAACAUGGAGUUUCUAGACUCUGAGUUCUACCUAACGCAACUCUUGGUUUUAAGAACUGUGCUGGCUUUCUUAUCACAUCGGACUGCAAACUGGUUUCUGUGUCUUGCUUUUAUUUUAAAUAGUCAAACAAUUAAGUGCUAAAAGACUUUUCCCCGUAAUUUAAAUGUGUAGGCAACAGCCACAGAAGGGAGUUUAAAAUGACUCUUUCCCUCUAGACCUGAAAGUUGCAGUUAGAUGCUUAAAAAGGAACAUUUGAGGAGGGACUUAAUUGUUUCUGUAAAAUAUGGUGAUUUUUCACUUGUCUUUUAUGUUGUAUUUUUAGAAGAUAUUUUUAUAUAUUUCAACAAAAAUGUGGAACCACUUAAUGAAACUUUAUAGCCCUUAAGUGUUGCUGAACUUUUGCCAUCUUGCAAUAGAAUUUGAAUGUAAAUGUUA